ACGGCUUUUCUGACAGGAAGAUCCCGGCGGCGACGAUGCUGGCCCUCAACAUGCGCCAGCUCAAGUACAAGACGCUGGCCGCGAUGGGCGUCGCCCAGUCGGUCGAGGACCCGUCCUUCGAGAUCCUCUGCGGCGCCUUCACGGCCAUGGAGGAGGCGCUGCCGCAUCUGUACCACCAGGUGCUCACGGCCUUGUCGAGCUGCCAUACCUUUUGCCACACGCUUGUCGCGACGUUCCAGCAGAUCAAGCCAUCGGGCAGCAGCUACUUUGCGACGCUGCACGCGCUGCGCGAGCAAGCCGAGGCCAUGGAGCAGGCCGUGACGCUCACCGUGCUGGCGCCGCUGCAAGCGCUCAUGCAACGCUGUGCGUUCUUGCGCCUCGAGCUGCAAAAGCGCGACCGGCUCGUCAUGGACUACGACCUGCUGAAGCUCGACGUGUCGCGCGUUCCUGACGACGCCAAGCUCGAGCGACAGUACAAGCUCGAGCGCGCGUGGCAAGCGUACCAGACGUUUACGCGCCAGCGCAUGGACGACAUCCAGCAGCUCCAAGCCGACGAGGCGCAGAUCCGCGCCGAGCUCUUCGAGAUCAUGAAGCUGCAUAUCGCCAAGUUCUUUUCCCAGGCGCAAAAGAAGCUGUGGGACAACCUGAGCAACGCCACCCCCGACCUCCCCGAGUCGCCGCCACCGUCAUCGUCAUCGGCUUCGUCGCCAUCCACCGAGAUGCCGGCGCUGCUGCUACCGCCGGCAUCGGCGAACGCGCUCAUUUCGGCACCUUUGCUCAGCCCGUCGUCGCCGCGUCGCUACGCCGAGACGUCGUGGUUCCCGGGCUUUGUCCGUCGGUCGUGGUCGAUCACACAGGACAAGGCUCCGGCGCUGCCAAGCCCGCCACGACCCAAGCACCAAUCCAAGCCGUUGGCGCUCGCCCCCAACGAGUGGCGCGGCAUCGAGAGCGCGCUCUGGGCGCUCGACGAGCAGGCCCACCCACCCACGACGCGAUUCGCACGCGCGACGCUGCCACGUCAUUUCGACGACUCGGACGUGCUUGCCAUCGGCGCGUACCUCGACGUCGUGUCGCUGGGCACGUUUGGCAUGGUCUCCAAGGGCGUCUACAACUGCAUCAUGGGUCGUCCCGCGCUGUGGCACCGCGCCGUGCGCACCGGCGGCGUCCCAACGCACCUUCGCAGCCGCUUCUGGCUCUGGUUCUUCUACACCCGGCACGGCCAGCUCGCGUCGCACCGCACCGACUACCAAGCGCUCUUGCAGCGCGGCGCGUACAUGGUGCACCUCUCGCAUGCGUCCGUCGAGGCCCUUCCCGACUCGGACCCGGACGCGCAGCUCGUGCACUGGUUUAGCGACAUUGACGUCGACGUGCGCCGGACGUGCUACAAGAACGUGCGGGGUGGAGCGACGACAUUGCAGUUUGAGGACGACGAUGUGUCGGACGACGUGGUCGCGCUGGUCGAAGCCGCGCGCGUCCAGACGACCCAUCGGCACAGCCCGCGGCACGGCGACAGCGCGACGGUCGAGCGGGCCAUGGCGAUGGAAGCGCAGAUGCGCCGCCUCCUCCGCGCCUACGUUGUGCACAACCCACGCGUCGGGUACUGCCAGGGCAUGAACUUUAUCAUUCGGCUGCUUCUCGAGUCGCCGUCGUCGGACGAAGCCAGUGUCUUUUGGACCUUUGUGCAGCUCAUCGAAGGCGCCAACUCCUUGUACGAGCCUGGGUUUCACGUGCUCCAGUCUCUCUUUACCAAGCUCGAUGUGCUCAUCCGAGAACAGCUGCCCGAGCUCCACACGCACCUCGACCGCCUCGGCGUCCACGUGUCCAUGUUUGCCGCCCGGUGGUUCCUCACGCUCUUCUCGUCGCUCGAGACGUUUGGCCCGACCCUCGCGCUGCGCUUCCUCGACGUCUACUGCAUCGACCGGCACCGCGUUCUCUGCGGCCUCGCGCUUGUCGUCCUCGACGAGCUCGAGCCUGUCAUCUUGGACGCCGACUUUGAGACGUGCUUGCGCAUUCUCCAGUGCCCGCGCCUGUACCUCCAAGAAGCGAGCGAUGCGAAGCAGACGCAAAUGCUCCAGCACGCGCUCGUGCUCAGCAUCACACGCACGCUCCUCUCGCCCGAGAUAUUGCGGUAGCCACCACACAUGGUCCAUCAUCAAUCCAUCA